AUGGCAACCGACCGACCGUCAACACCUCCACCGCAGCCGGGCGCCACCAAGCCCGGUGAGCUCCCUCGGGGCCCGCUCACUCCCGAGCAGCUGCGGCGGAUCGAGAUCAACCGCAUGAAAGCCAAAGCCAUCCGCGAACAGCGCGACGCCGAAGCAGCCGCAAGCGCCACACAACCCACGAAAGGCGUCAAAAGAAGCCACACCACCAUGACCUCACAACCCACCCCAUCCACCGUCCGCGAUGCCACCGCCGCCGCAGCCACCAACCGACCCCUCGACACCAUCCGCCCGGCGCGCAACUUCACGAAGUUCGUCGACUACGACUUCAGCAAGAUGACCGACACCAAGGGCGGGUUCCUGUCGACGGAAGACGAUCCCUACAACAAGGCGCUGAACGUGCACGACCCGAAAGCCGAGCAGAAGCCCGCCGGCAUGACGCAGAAGGAGUGGGAGCGGCAGGUGCUGCUGAAGGCGCUGCGGCGGGAGCGCGCGGGCCCGUUCGAACCGGGGCUGAGUGUGUUGGAGGAGAAGGAGAAGCAGAAGGCGUGUCGCGAGUGCGGGAGUCUUGAGAUUGACUGGAAGUGGGAGGCGGAGUUGCGGUGUCGGGUUUGUCAUGCGUGCAAGGAGAAGUUUCCCGAACGGUAUAGUCUGUUGACGAAGACGGAGGCGAAGGAGGAUUAUCUGUUGACGGAUCCGGAACUCCGCGACGAAGAGCUGUUGCCGCAUCUGGAGCGGCCGAAUCCCCACAAGUCCACGUGGAACAACAUGAUGCUCUACCUGCGGUACCAGGUCGAGGAGUAUGCCUUCUCCGCGAAGAAGUGGGGGUCGCCCGAGGCGCUGGAUGCCGAGUUCGAGCGGCGCGAGGGCGAGAAGAAGCGGCGGCGCGAAGCCAAGUUCAAGACCAAGCUGCAGGACCUCAAGAAGCGCACGCGCGUGGAUGCCUACCGGCGGAAUCGGAUGGGCGCGGCUGGUGGGGAGUUCGGCGAUGAUCUGGGGAAUGGCGGGCGGCAUGUGCAUCAAUGGGGCCGGUCGGUGGAGAAUCCCGAGACGGGGAUUGGGGUCAAGACGUGUGUGGAUUGUGGGAUGGAAGUGGAGGAGUUGGAGUUUUGA